ACGGCUAAAUUGACCGCCCAUUUGCGCUGAACCAACAGUUAAAUAAAUCCCACUACUUUGGCAGAAGAAGAAAUAGAAAAAAAAAAAAAAAAAAACCGGCAGCCACACUUGACUUAUCUUACUGUAAUCAGAUAUAUCACAUUCUGGUCAGGUUCUUGUGAGGCAGACACGCCAGUGCGUCGUUUUUACUCAGUGCUAAGAGUAGAGGCUUAAACGAAUAUCUUACCGUAACGUGAACUGUUCUUUAACACUAUUUUCUUUAAAAGUUAUUUUAGGCAUGGGCUCCUACUACAGUAGUACUACCAAAACGGCAGGCGAUCCCGGCGUAACUCUGGGAUUCUCCUCAGUGAAGAAAGAUCUGACAGCAUCACAGAUAGAGCUGGCAAGAAGAAUGGCCGAAAGGCAAAUGGCAAUGCAAGUAGCUACAGUUCGUGAAUUGAUGGUUUGGUUUGUUCCCUUCCUUGCAGCUUCCUAUGGGUUCUUGUUCUAUGGGUAUCGCAAAACCAAAAGUUGGGUGGUAAUGUUUCCACUUAUCCCCAUCACAUUUGGUUUUGGAUACCAGAUUCACUUUGCAUAUGGCAACAAGACAAAUCAAAUUAAAACCCUUGCUGAGAGGAUAAUGAGCACUGAAGCCCACAUGAUGGCAGUACCAGAUUGGUCCAGUCCUUUUGAAGCACAACAUCAAACACAGGAAGAAAGAAAGAAAGAGGAAAAAAAUAGAACAACUUAGUUUACCAAUCAAUUUCACAUCUCACCUUAUCUCAAAGAUCUGUAUUACUCUAAGUACACAUUAUCACCACCCAUAAAGUUUGACUAUAAUGAAGGAAAAAAUCUUCAUUGCACCAGUACAUCUUAAUAUGUUCUAGUGUUAGUAAGCAUUUCACAUAAUAUGUACCUCAAUAUCCAAGUGUUAUUUUCUUUACCUGUUUCUAUUUGAGCACACAUUUGUAUACAUCCCAGUUAAUAGGAGUUACCCUACCUGCCUACUCUUGAGUAUACACUUGUACACAUUCAUAAUUCCAUGGAACUUUCUUUGCCUGCCUACACUUGUGUAUACAUGUGUAAUAACAUCUCUGCAUAGGAAAUAAGAGGCUCAUACACCAUUGGUUAUAGAGGUGGAGAUUAUCUUGAGUGUAUUCCAUAUGCAGUUUAUGUAUAGGAAUCACUAUGGUCACCUGUUCAUUAAUUUCCUCAAAGGAUUUAACUUCUCAUGUAAAGCACAUGAAAUAAUGUAGUAGUCAAUACUCUUCCUGCUUGCCUGAGACUAUCACAGUUUGACAUUAGUGGUAUAAUUAUUUAAUAAGACUGUCUCUAGUCACUCCACAUUCAUGGACCACACCAAUCUUAGUGGAAUUUUCCAUUUAUUCUAUUCCUUUCCCACAACCUUCAUUCACAUCACCACAAAAGAAAUGUCAGCAAAACAGGAGUGACAGUGUGAGAGAAUUGACAUUAAUUAUUUUUGUGAGUAAAAUUUGUUACCUUGUCUACUUAUGUUAUAAUAUAAGAUAGCACACAAGAAAGUUUCUUACUUUAUAUAAAAUAAUAAACCAAUAUGAGCAAGAGUCCCAAUCAGUGGUACCUCAUGAAAGAAAAAGCUGGGAUUCUUAAUGGAUUUAUUACCAUAACUCAACACACAAACAAGUGUAACAGUGCAACUAAUAUUACUAUUUCAUUUUAUUAUUGAAGAAGUAAUAUCAAGCUGCUUUAAUUCACAUUAAGUGAAAAAUUCUUAACUUCUUGUGUGUUUGUCAACAAUGUAACCUUCAAAUAUUUUUUGACACUCAACUACAAAUAGAUAUAUGCUUCCUUUGACCAGCUGGACCCAUGCUCCAUUAUAUAUCAUUGUGAGAGAAAAUUAACUGAUUCAUCCACAUAGAAAAGAUAGAAUGAAUAAACCUCAGUAAGUAUGUACAGUUCUGUGCAGGAAGACUACUUCAUUGAGAAUAAAGACUUGCAAACAGUUGUUUCAACUUAACAUGAAAAUGGAGAGAAUGAGAAAAGAAGAGGGAAGAAGGAAAACUGCUGGUAGAGGUUGAUAGUCUUUUCAGCAUUAAGUGUCUACAAAUAUGCAGGUGAAAAAAGCCUAUUAUCAUAAGGUCACCUGGGAAAAAAGGAAAAUGAUCCUGACACUUCAGAAAAUUAGGUUAGGUUCCAUUUAAUUAUGCAUAACCAAAAAAAAAAAAAAUGUAUCAUGGGAAUUAGGUGAAAAUGUAUAUUCUUUAAAAUAUAUAUGUACUGUACAUAGAAAUUAUAUAAUGUCAUAUAUACAUAUAUGAAAAUGUUACAAUAGUUGAGUUGAGGUUAAAUCAUGAGUGAAUUGCAGGCAUAUCCCACACACCAGCUCAUAUAAUAUAGUUCACAUGAUUUUCUUCUCAUUAUUGGUCCUUUUCUUCGAUGCCAGUAUUUGUUUCUCACCUGAUGUAGCUCAUAUAAAUCUGUUGAGAAUCUGAAUUUAAGGCUGGAUGCCUUCUAGCAACCAUAUGCUGAAAAUGGCUUCCGAAUUGGCACUUCAAGCACAUCACUGCCAAGGGUUAGCAACUCUAUUCACUCAUACAUUGUAUCCUCCAGGAUUUUUCUAUUAACUUCAAUACAAUGUAAAUACAUUAUUUACUUUUUUGUCACUGCGUUAUAAAUAACUCCUCGUAAUACUGUACACAUCAUUAGUCAGCAGUUUUCCCAGCAUACUCAUCUGUGCCCACUGUUAAGAAUGUUAUCAUUGUCAUGAUAACAAUAAUGAACAUCAACUUGUAUGAUUCCACUGCAAAAUAUAGCUUCCCUGGAAUUAUUAAUGGUGUUGAACCAUAAAUCAUGGUAUGCUGGCUCAAGAUGUCUAAAUGGGUUUGCAGAGUCCAACAUUACAACUCUUAGAUCUGCAUCCCAUACCUAUUCUCGGCUUGGUGAAUAGUCAAUAGUGUGAAAGGAGAUAUGCUCAAAUUAUAUCAACCCACCAAAGGAUAGCGACCCAGAAUCACAUCAAAUCAUGCUAAUUUGUGAAUUCUGCUAAUACAUUAUGAGAAUAGUAUAUUGCACUUAUGAUGCAAACUGUGGACAUGAUGGCAAAUCAUGCAUUUACAUAUUGUUAUGUGUUAAAAAAUAAACUCAUGCCACAGACUGCAAUAAUACUAAACAUACUUAAUUGGAGCAACCACAUCUGGCACCAUUUAAAAAUGGAAGAACUCAUUGUGAUAUGAAAGUGAUGGUUCAGCCCCCUAUAAAAUUAUCACUAUGGAUAUCUAUCUUAAUUUUAAAAAGUGGAUUCCACACUGAAGUAAAACAGCCUUAUUAACUGAUAGCUUACUGAGUAUGAUGUUCAACUAUGUCAGCUUGUAAAUGAGUUUUCAGCUGAGUAAUAAAGCUUGCUCAAAACUAUGCA